AUGCAUACACAAUCUUGGACACGUGACAAUAACGUGGGUGAUGUCAAUGUAAGAGCUUUAACAGGCAUUAAUGUAAAGAAAGGGUUACGUAUUUCAUUGAUGCACACUUCUCAUAUGCAAAAUAUCCAUACAUACGUGAAAGAGAAAUAUAGAACAAUGCAUCGAGCCAUGUUUUUACUUUCGUCACCAGCAAGGCCAUUUAGACCGCAACUUCGAUGCAAGCGAAUGAGCUUGAAG